AUGCAACAGGCGCAGGAUCUGGCGGGCAUUAAGUGCGCAAAAAAUGACAACCAUGGAACCCACGGCCGGAGGUUUCCGCCAGGCGCCGCCAAGCCCGCCAGGGGCCUAGCUUGGGGGCCGCCCAGGCUCCCGAGGGCAGUCCGCGUCGUGCGGGGCCGUAGCCGCCUCCCAGCCCGGCCCCCGGGCCGGCCCGCGAGCCUCCCCGCAGCGGACGCGGCGGCGCCCGCACCUGCCCGGCGCCCUGCGGCAGCCCCUGCGAGCGCCUUCACCCACCUGGCGCGCCCGCCGCGCCUCCCGCACGUCACAGCGCGACCCCGCGCCCCUCGGCACCAGCAGCGCGGGCGCGGACGGACGCCGGGAGACCCUGCUCGGCAGCCGCCGCCGCCGCCGCCGCGCCUGCUUCGUCUUCAGGCCGCGGACAGCGAACCUGUUGCGCAGCCUGUCACGGCCGCUCGGGCUCCGCGGCGCCGCCUCAGCCCCACAACAACAUGGCGGCCGCGGCCUCCGCAGGAAGCCGGGGGGCGGGGAGGGAGGCGACGGGCCGGGCAGCUGACGGCCCGCCCGCCGCCGGGCACCGACGCCCCCACCCUCAGGAACCCGAAAUUGCCCCGGCGCGGCUCCGCACCCCCAGAGCCCCGGGUACCGAACCCCGCGGGCCUGGUCCUAGUGCUCCGCUCUCCCCUCGGGGAGGCCCCGAAGCCCCCGGCAGCCCUUCCUGGAGGGGCGCCGACCCACCUGGCUCCUCCUCCCCGAGGUGACAUGUUGAGGUUGGGUGGUGCGUUUCCUGCCACUGCAGACCCCACGGUUUUGGAGAAGGGCAAGCUGUGCUGCACCCACAGGAGGUUUCCUCUGAAGCCUCCUUGCUCAGUCAAGUUUCUUCCUUGACCUGGGAGCAAGAUUCCUCUGGAAUGAGUGUGGCAGGAGGAGGCCGUGCCUCGCCUUGCUCUUGGGUCUGUUGCAGGCCUCUCACCCCCUCCAGGUAUCCCAGGAGGACUCACCGUACUGAACAGCCAUCCACUCAGCGUUCCUCACUCUCCUCCAUGACAAGUAUAAAGGGCGAGAAGGGGGCCUCCAGCCCCCAUCCCUAAGCAGAGCGGCCACCCCGUAUGCUCUGGCCAAGCAGUAAGAAGUCAUCUCUCCUUGAACUCCACUACCAGCUGGCCUGCAGAUGCUGAACGUUCUACCCCACCUGAGAGCUGCCUGACAGGUGAAGCUCAAAUUCACUCUCUUUUUCCUCCCCUUUCAACUCCUGAUCGCCUCACAAAAGACCAUACUUGAACUCAGUCACCACUCUAGGAGGUACUCAUGUGGCUCAGCGGGUUAAGAACCCCACUGGUAUCCAUGCAGAUGUGGUUUGGUCUCACUCAGUGGGUUCAGGAUCUGGCUUUGCCCCCAAGCUCCAGCAUAGGUUGGGGGUGUGUCUGGGAUCUGGCCUUGCUGUGGCUGUGGUGUAUGUGGGCGGCUGCAGCUCCAAUUCGACCCCUACCCUGGGAACUUCCAUAUGCUGCAGGUGCAGCCCUAAAAAGACCAAAAAAAAAAAAAAAAAAAGUCACCGCUGUUCAUGGAGGGCUUGCCCUAGACACAGCACUCCUUCAAGAGAGAGGCUCCUUGUUGAUGUUAGAGGAGGAGUCAGUGGGGUUCCUAUGAGCAUAACAAAGUGGGGGUCCAAGACCCAAGAUUUCUCUUGGCUUUUAGAGGCAGAGUGGGGGCUGGUCCAGUAUACAAAACUCACAUCCCCAUGGCUUUUGUUGGAAAAGAAGAAAUCUGCAGAUCACAUGAUUCCAUGGCUUCCCCUUCAUUCCUCACCUGUUGGGGCAUGUGAAGGCUGGCUUGAGAGGGAUGGUUUCCAAAACCCAGGCCUAUCUGAACUAGCCACCCAACUCAUGUGAGGAACUUAGCAAACAUCAGUGAUGAUAAACAGGCUUUUCCUGCUCUCACACUCAGUGUUUUUCCCAACUCUUUGAUUGGGACCUGACGAAGACCAGAUAGACAGGUCCUGAGCUUCAGUGACACAGAGAGACCUGACUCCUUUGCAUUAGCCUAGGAAGUCCCUUAUCUACCAGAGACCAAUCAGUCUAUCCCUUAUCUACUGAGGACCAAUCAGUCUGCAAACAAAUCACCCACUCUUGAAUACAUGGUCUCAUUCCCAUGACAGACAUCACCAGUUAAUUGUGGUUCUCCCUUCCAGAGCCCAUACUUCAGUCCAAGCUUCUGAGUCCUCCUCAACGUAGUGCUCCAGAGAGGUAUCCUGUAAGGUGAAACCUAUUUUUUAUUCCUGAUAGGCAGAUUGGUAGCCAGUCUCUAUUUUCCUCCCAUCAUUUGAUCAGUGUCAUUUGUGUUUCUGGGUUCUGGACCUGAUGCAGUUCACCCUGAGGCUUCCUUCUUUCUGAAGGAGGUGCCAAAUCCCUGGCAGGACAAAAGUGAACUUUAUAGAAAGGAACAGUUAUAAAGAAGUUAAAAAAAAAAAAAAAAAAGGAGUUCCUGUCAUGGCGCAGUGGUUAACGA